GACCCAACCUCCUGACGGUUGAUAUUUUUUUUUAAUCAGCCAAAGAAAGAAAAUUCACCAACUGUCCCGUUUUUCUGCUAAAAUUGCCGUAACAAACGUUUAACAACUGUCCCGUUUUAUCGUCUGUGUGUGUCCUUAGCUCCGUAGGUCGAUAAUUCAUGCAUUUCGCCUGCUGGUGUGGCAGGAAUGUGUUACUUUAAGCUGCAAGCAUGAAUACUUUCUAAAAUCAAAACAAACCAAACCUGCUUUGCUGCUGGGUUGCUCGGUCUAACGUGUACGAUAUACCUAGUGCCCUACAGUUCUAUUAAAACAUUAAAAUGGGUCUGUUCGCUAGUAGACAAAAUGCCACCGUCGAGGAGACAGACGUUAGUCUAAACCAUCUGUACAAGUAUCCACCUCGGUCGGGCAAUUACUUCGGUACGCAUUUCAUAAUGGGUGGAGAAAGGUUCGAUACACCGCAGCCAGAAGCAUAUCUGUUUGGUGAGAAUGCGGAUUUGAACUUUCUAGGAUCCAAACCUACACCCUUUCCCUACCCACCGCCACAAGCGACGGAACCAACGAAAACAUUGAAGAGUCUUGUAAACAUUCGCAAAGAAUCGGUUCGCUUCGUGAAGGUGCUGGACGGUGGUAACAGUGUCAAAGCGGUUGGCUGUACGGCUGCUACGGAUGCAACAGGAAAGACCAAUCCGACGAGCAACGGCAGCAUCACCAAUGGUUACAACAUUGAGUUUAUCUUCGAUGCCGACUCCGCUUGCCAAAUUACAAUCUACUAUUUUUGCAUCGAAGACAUCGGACCGGGUGGACUGAAUUACAUUUCGCGCGAUUCCUCCAUGACGUCGGAAACAUUUCACUUCCAGCGCGGUGUGAAUCAACUUUUCUCUGCGCCCCAUCACAUCAUCUAUCCGGCUUUGUACGCCGAGGACGAUCUGUCCUACACUCCCGAAAAGGAAACGUUUCCGGUCGUCAUUCAUUGUGUGGUCGGAGAGGGUAACAGUACCACCGCAACCGUUAACAGCACCGGUAACAAUACUACCAACGUCGUCAACACGACCAUCACUUCCAGCGUAACCACCGGAGACGGUAGCGAUGGAAGCGGAAGCCGCCAGUCGCAUGCUACGAUCUGUGUCAUUGAUCAUCAUUCCGACGGAACGUACGCGCUGAGGGCGCUGAAGCAAAAGAUUUUCGUCGAUGGAUUGUACUAUCUGCUGCAGGAGAUCUACGGUAUCGAGAAUAAGCUCGCGAACAAAUCGGUCACGGACGAGGAGACAGAAGAUAAUGGCAGCGAGUGCGUCAUCUGCAUGUGUGACACACGCGACACACUCAUACUGCCCUGUCGGCAUCUGUGCUUGUGUAACUCCUGUGCAGACUCGCUACGGUACCAGGCUAACAAUUGCCCGAUCUGUAGGGCUCCGUUCCGUGCGCUGCUGCAAAUACGGGCAGUUCAGAAGGACGGUGGAGGUGGGUUACCGUGUAGCGGAAGUACACCGGCGGCACAGAAUUCGUCCGAUAGCGCUGAUAACAUUCCCGCCGGUUAUAAGACCAUAUCACUGAUUGAAGCACUAAACGGACCUACAGUGUCAGUGAAAGCGAUAAACGGUAGUAACGACUCAACCGCUGGAACGGAGAACGGUAGCGAAAAUAAUCGGAACACCGAGAAUGGCUACGCGUUCCGCAACAAAAUGACUAAGUCAGCUACGGACCAUAGCAGCAAUGGCGAGGUCGCCAAUGGUAGUAUAGUUUCGGAAAAGUCAUCGUCCGACAUCCGGAUGCAUUUAUUAGCUUCCGAUGAAAGCAACGCCAUUGCUGAAGCUGGCACGGGCGGAUCGAUCGUCGGUGGCAUAGCAAAUCCCGCUACCGUUUGCACUAAGAAGGAACUGCUUUCGAAACAUUCGCCCCUGAUGCAGCGUGCCCCGGUGAGCAAGGAUAAGAAUCCGCGCGAAAAGGGAAGUCUUCAUCGCACUGGAAACAGUGGCAGCAACGCCAACAACGGGAGUAGCUCGUUGGUUUUAGCGAAAACAAAAUCACCCUCCGAUCGGACGAUUGGUUUCCAUCUGGUGCACGAAAAACCGGCAACCAAUGCCGGUGGAACGGUUGGAAAGAUGGCAGAUACAAAGCUGACCGAUCUCACGGAAAACGAUGACGAUAGUGAGGCAGAGAAGUUGUCGCCUUUGUUACGGAAAUCGGACAGUUACGAUGCUGGGAAGAAGCUGUCAACACACGGGGACAGUGCAAUGAAGAAGCUGCUGAUCAGCGGAACCGGUACGGUCGGUGUGGAGGUGAAUGAAAAAACUUCACCUUCCGCUGUGAUAACGGAACUGCUCAAGGGUGCCAUUAUUGGCAGUGAUGAUAUUGUGGGUGAUGGCAAUACGGACGUUUCGCUGGUCGGUGGAACGAGGGGUACCGGAAUCGGCGCUGGUGGUGCUAUUAUAUCAAUCGUAACGGAUGAUUCCGAGGAUUACUAUACGCCCGAAGAUCCUCCGGCAACGAGCCCACUGAAAUCGAUCGAUGAUGAUGAUGAACUUCCGAAGUUGGCCGAAAUUGAUACCGGCCGGAAGUUGCUGGUGGCUUCGGUAACAACAGCACCUGGGGCUACCAUAGUUUCGGCCCCACCUGCUGCUCUGUCGGUAUUGAAGGAAGAGUUUUCUCAAGGUUCGCUACCGGACAGCCCUAUCAGUGGCAACUCGCAAACAUCGACACGUAGUUCGAGCGAUAGCUACUCGUCUAGUUCCAGCACCCGGCAGCUGCUUUCUUCGGGCGCCGUUCCGAACGACACACCAACACACGUGCUGAGCUCGUGUGAUUCUACCGCCAACGGGCAUAGCAGUGUUUCGAAAGUUGCCGAGUGUGGUAUCGAGAGUGAUUAAUGGAUGCAACUGGACGAAUGAAGGAGCAUGAUACAGUGGUGCUUCAGAAGUAGCGAAAAAUGGUAAGUCAUUGAUUUAUAGCUCAAUUUGUUUUUAAUUUAAUCAUAAGGGACUAAUGGGAGAUAGCAACAGAAUCGUUUUAUUUUAACAUAUCAGAUACAUAAAUGUUCAACACGUGGUUAGUUUAAGUAAGAACAAAAUUUAUUAAACAAAAAACAGAAAGAUUAUGAGUAAACAAUAUGUUUGAAUUUAUAUAUUAUACUCAUGCUGAUGUUCAAACCUCUUCUCUCUUUGUGACAGUUUCUUCGAUACAGGAACAUUAUUUACGCGUUCCAAAACAGAUUGCCCAGUAGAGCGUACCUUGUCACGGGUUGUCGUGCUUAACCCUGCUCCCUCUAAUCAAUCAAUGUUUGGAAUUCCUCUUCAUAUAUUUGCAAUAUGAACGUGCAUCACAUUACACGUGUAUCGUAUCUGUUUCAAAAACCCGCCCAACUUUCAAGUCAUUACGUGGGCGGUCGGUUUUCACUGCCGCGUUGGCCGCGCGAUCUGUGCUAGUUUAAUUUUUUCCAUUUUAUUUGUUUAUUAUCGACUGCUAAGUACUCUUACCGGAACAAAUACACACGUAGCAUUAACAUUCAAUGGUAAACGUAAGUGUGAAACUUUGAGUAACAUGAUAAUAAAAAUGAUAUUUUCAUAUUUAAAUAGUCUGUACCGUA